AUGGGGAAGAACAAUAAGAUCGGUAGCGUAGUACGGAUCCGUCAAAUGCUUAAACAAUGGCAGAAGAAAGCUCACAUCGGAUCAUCCAACAACAAUAACAACGAUCCUCCUGUUUCCGAUGUACCUCCUGGUCACGUUGCUGUAACCGUCGGCGAUAAUCAUCGGAGAUACGUCGUUCGCGCCAAGCAUCUCAACCAUCUCAUCUUCAGACGUCUCCUAGCUGAGGCUGAGGAAGAGUACGGAUUCUCCAACGUUGGUCCGUUGGCUAUACCUUGCGAUGAGUCCUUGUUCGAGGAUAUAAUCGAGACUGUGAUUCGUUCUGAGUCAUCUGGUGGAUGUGGUGGUAUUCUCAGUCCGGCGACGUUAGAGGAUCUCCGGAGAUGUAGUCACGUCGGAUUAGCUAAGAGCGUUGAAUCUCGGCCGUUGCUUCCUGGGAAUAUUGCUGAAAAAUCUGUGUGCUAAUUAUUUGAAAAUCUAUGAUGAUGCUUUGGUUAGAGAUUUAAAUUUUUUUUUGUUUAAUCUCUAAUUUAGAGUUUUUUUUUUUUUUUUUUUUUU